GAGAGGGUGACUGUCUUUUUUCUUCCAAACGAAUACAAGACGUUUUUGUAAUCCUUCCUUGGAAUAUUCUUCUAUCAUAUAGGAAUAUUAAUGGUGAACUUGCUUGCUAAUCAGUAUGGCUGUUAAGGAUUUUUAUCGAAAUGGAUGCGCUCAAUGGCGUGUUUUCUUCCAACCGCAGUGGCAAGUAUUGUUUUUCAUCUCGUGUUACAUUUCUUUUGCCAUCUCUCAAAUCCGCUACUCCAUCCCUGAAGAAAUGAGUAAAGGCUUGCUUAUUGGUAAUGUAGCACAGGAUCUGGGGCUCGAUAUGAAAAGGCUUCGAACGGGUCGUGCGCGUAUCGUUACCGGAGAAAGCACUCAGUACGCAGAGCUUAUAACAGACAAAGGGAUUCUAGUCGUGAGUGAGAGAAUAGACCGAGAACAGCUUUGCGGCGACAUCACGCCAUGCAGCUUCAGCUUCGAGAUCAUUCUCGAGAACCCAAUUGAACUGCAUCAGGUAACCGUUGAAAUCAUAGACGUUAAUGAUAAUUCUCCUGUAUUCGAGAAAAGCAAAAUUAAUUUUGAAAUAAGCGAAUCUGCGUCAACUGGUUCACGCUUUGCAUUAGAGAGUGCAUAUGAUGCUGAUGUAGAAUUUAAUUCAUUGCAAAAUUAUGUUCUCACAAGGAACAAUUAUUUCGUUUUAAAACAACACUCAAAUCCCGACGGAAGUAGGUAUGUCGAAAUGGUCCUUGAUAAAGCCUUAGAUCGGGAGGAGCAUCCUAAUCUAUCUCUGAAGCUGAUCGCUGUUGAUGGCGGAAACCCGCAGAGAUCUGGCUCUGUUAAUAUAGAUGUUACAGUUUUAGAUGCGAAUGAUAACGCACCUGAGUUUAACCAGACUAUUUAUAGGGCGUCUGUGAUGGAAAAUGCACCGAAGGGCACUUACAUUACUACCGUUAAUGCCACAGAUGCAGAUAGUGGGUCAAACGGACACAUUACGUUUUCCUUCUCUGACCUGAAAGAACAUUCGAGAGAUAUUUUUAGCAUUGAUGACAGCACUGGCUUGGUGUCUGUUUUAGGAAAUAUUGAUUUUGAGAAAGAAAAACGUUUUGAAAUUAGAGUUAAAGCGAUAGACCAAGGAGGCUUGACUAGUACAAGUAAGCUUGUAAUCGAAGUAGUGGAUGUAAAUGACAAUGCGCCCGUAAUCAACCUCAUGUCUCUCUCGAGCCCUGUAGCAGAGGAUGUGCCUCCAGGUACAACAAUUGCAGUGGUUAAUAUAAAAGAUUUUGAUUCUGGGAGAAAUGGACAGGUUGCGUGCUUUAUUAAUGAAAACCUUCCAUUUAACAUCAAAUCAUCCCUCUCUAACUAUUAUAAUUUGAUCACAGAUGCUUUCCUUGACCGUGAAACUCACUCAGAAUAUAAUAUAACAGUGACCGCAAGCGAUUCAGGUUCACCUGCACUUUCGAGCUCAACGACACUGCUCCUUAAGGUUUCUGACAUCAAUGAUAACGCACCAGUUUUCGAUCGAGGUAGCUAUUCAACACACCUACUUGAAAAUAACGAACCAGGUCUGUCCAUAUGUAGUAUAACUGCAAGAGAUUUAGACUGGAAUCAAAACGCCAGAGUGUCAUAUUUUUUAGAAAAUACUCAAAUUGGUGGAGCGCCGAUUUCCUCUUAUGUGUCCAUAAACUCAGAGAAUGGUGUAAUACAUGCUGUUCGUUCAUUUGAUUAUGAGCAAAUUAAAAAGCUUAGUUUCGCUGUAAAAGCGCAGGACGGAGGAAGUCCUCCUCUCAGCAGCAACGUGAGCGUGAAAAUAAUGAUUCAGGACAAGAAUGACAACGCGCCUCAGGUUCUGUAUCCGGUCCAGUCAGGCGCUUCUGUGGUGGCUGAAAUAGUGCCUCGUUCUGCAGAUGUGGGUUAUCUGGUGACUAAAGUGGUGGCUGUUGAUGUGGACUCUGGACAGAAUGCCUGGCUCUCAUAUAAACUGCAGAAAGCCACAGACAAGGCGCUGUUUGAAGUGGGCUUACAGAAUGGAGAAAUAAGAACUGUGCGCCAAGUGACAGAUAAAGAUGCUGUGAAACAAAGACUCACUGUUGUAGUGGAGGACAACGGGCAGCCCUCUCGAUCAGCUACAGUCAAUGUUAACGUGGCGGUGGCGGACAACUUCCCUGAGGCGCUCUCGGAGUUCACUGACUUAACGCACGACAAGGACUACAACGACAAUCUGACUUUCUAUCUGGUCUUGGCCUUGGCUGUAGUUUCGUUUCUCUUUAUCGUGUCUAUCAUCGCCAUACUGUCAGUCAAAUGCUACAGAUGGAGACGCGAGCGGAUGUUUUACAAAUCUGGAGCGAAUCUUCCAGUUAUUCCGUAUUAUCCGCCUCUUUACGCAGACGUAGGGGGCACAGGAACUUUACAGCACGUGUACAAUUAUGAGGUUUGCAGAACCACUGACUCCAGAAAGAGUGAUCUGAAAUACGGCAGACCUUGCAGCAUUAGUCUCAUUAGUCUGGACAGCAGUGGAACACAGACACUCACGCAUGCGCAAAGGGAGAGAAUGAACUUUGACGAUUGUGACGAUCAGUUCAUCAGACUGGACUCAUAG